CCCGCACUAGACGCCGCAUUUUAGACUAAUAUUAUUCAUUUUUGAUUAUGCGGAACCCGCUUUCGUCCCUCGGUGUUUUUAGUUCUCUCGGUCCAUUCAGGGAUUUCAUUAUUGCAUGGGAAAUAGUCGUCAUCCGGUACUUCCUGGAGUCCUUUAACAUGGGUUUAAAAGGAGGUGCUCUCUAUUAUUUAUGUGUGUGUGUUGUAUGUGUGUUGUGUAUGUGUUUGGUUUGUCAAUGGCUGACUUGGGAUGGGCCUCCAUGAGAACUUUUGCUAAACCGUGAAUGGACAACGGCGUUUUGCGAUAGUCAAAGCACACGAAGGGGGAGUAGACGAGGGCGUGGCCACCUCAAUCGGCACACAAUACAUAACAGGCGCUUGAGAGCAUCCAGAAAACAGGGAUACCUGGCAAGCACUACUUCCCUAGACUACCCAUGGCUCCCUCUUUGUCCUCUUCCUCUCACUGGAUGUCGUCUUUGGUGCAUAAUAAACAAAAUUAUCG